GGUCUCCCUCCACUAUAACACUCCCACUCUUCACACCUCACAAUUCAGAGCAGCUGCCUCCCACAACAAUAGCCACUUAUGGCUCCUCCUCCUCCCAAAUUCUUCUCUCUCCUCUUCCUCCUCUCUCUCCUCCUCUUCUCUCUCCAAGCUCAAGCCAGAGAGAGCCAAUUCUUUAGCAAAGUUGCCAGUUCUAACAACAACAAUGUGAAGGAAUCAGAGCUCACAAAAACAGAGACUCCAAAAACAGAGUCUCCAGAAACAGAGCUCCCAAAAACAGAGUCCCCAGUUUUCAAGCAAGAGCAAGAGAAAGAGCCAACUUUCAUUCCAGAGACUCAAAACGGAUACGGCCUCUACGGUCAUGAGUCCGGCCAGCUGCCUCCCUCCACCACAACCAACGGUGAACCCUACAAGUACACACCCAACAACAACAACAACCUGCCCUAUACGGCCGAGGCAGAGAAGCAGCACAAUACAAAGUACCCCGACAGAUACAACAACCACUACAAUCCCAACAAAAACAAUUACUACUACAACGGGAACAAGUUUGAGGCCAACCCUAAUGGCCUCAGCGACGCGAAGUUCGCUCAGAGCAGCUACACCACCACCACUGCCACCCCCAACAACUACCAGAGCAACAACAACAACUUUGAGGCCAAUCCUAAUGGCCUGAGCAACACGAGGUUCGCUCAGAGCAGCUACACUACCACACCCAGCAACUACCAGUACAACAACAACUUUGAGGCCAAUCCUAAUGGCCUGAGCGACACGAGGUUCGCUCAGAGCAGCUACACUACCACCCCCAGCAACUACCAGAACAACAACAACUUUGAGGCCAAUCCUAAUGGCCUGAGCGACACGAGGUUCGCUCAAAGCAGCUACACCGCCACCCCAAACAACUACCAGAACAAUAACAACUACUACAAUGUUGAGAAGCAGGGAAUGAGUGACACCAGGUUUUUGGAGAACGGCAAGUACUACUACGACCCGAGAAGCCAGAGCAACUACAACCAGAACCAGUACGGAAACUCUAGGGUGGCGGACUCAAAAAAUUGGUACAACAACAGGGGCAAUUACGGCAACGGAAAUGCGAACCAGAACACCUAUAACUCCAUGGAAGAGUACCAGAAUGAGGAGGAGUUCCAAGACAGUGAAGAUCAGUUCGUGCCAUGAGACUUGUUUUGAGUAGUACCACUUUGCUGUGUAUUGAUAUAUAUAUUUAUGGUAAUAUGUUUUAAUCGAAAAGAACUUGAUUAAAGAUAGAUUAUUGUCUCUCUUUCUGCAUAAAAAUGCUUCAGUGUUCAUGCUUUGUAAAAGCUUGAGUUUGUGGACUGAAAGAGUGAAGAAAAUGUAUAUCAGCUUCUCCCUACAAGGUAUUUUGUUUCAACUCCUUGAUUUGCCAAUUUGGUUGGUACCUUUUAUUGUAAAAGAGUUGGUUAUGCAGGUAAUUAAGUUAUAACAAUAUUGGUA